CUCCCUGUCUGCCCGGCUCUCUCCAGGCUCUGUCUCCCUGUCUCUCUCCCUGUCUGCCCGGCUCUCUCCGGGCCCCGUGUCAGUGUUAUUGUUAAUCUGGUGGAGAGCAGUAAAUCUCAGGAGUGCUGCUGUCCACAGGCGGGAGGAGGGGCCGCUGGCUCAGACAGCCGAGCCUCAUCGCGGGAGACCGUCGGCGUUCCCGCGCGGACGCCGUAUCCCCUCUCCCCGCGCUGAACCCCCUCUCCUCUGUCUCAGUGCCCCCGCCUCCUCCUCCGGACGGACACAGCUACCAUGACGAUUGUGCCCCCGGGCGCUUGCUGCCCAGUUACGGCUCGCGGGAGUCCAUUCUAAGGCGGGUCAGCGCAGGGGGCAGCGCCAGGGGGCGCCGGCGGGCCGGAGGCAUGCGGUGGUCCACUCUCCUGGCGAUCUUCACGGCCGUGCUGCUGUACCUGGUGCUGGGCGCCGUGGUCUUCCGCACCCUGGAGUCUCCCUGGGAGACGCAGCAGCACGGCAACAUCGCCGACAGCAAGCGGGGUUUCCUGGGCAACCACAGCUGUGUGAGCGCCGAGCAGCUGGACCUGCUGAUCAAGGAGGUGGCAGAUGCUGUGGGCUCAGGAGUCGACCCGCUCAACACCACUGCCUUCACAAGCCGCUGGGACCUGGCCAGCGCCUUCUUCUUCUCCGGGACUAUCAUCACCACCAUCGGCUUUGGGAAUAUCUCCCCCAAGACGGAAGGUGGCCAGAUCUUCUGCAUCUUCUAUGCUUUGAUUGGUAUCCCAAUGUUUGGAAUCCUGCUGGCUGGAGUGGGAGACCACCUGGGAACAGGCCUGAGACGAGGGAUUGCGAAGAUCGAGGCCAUAUUCCUGAAGUGGAAAGUCAGUCCUACCAUCGUCCGCGUGAUCUCGGCGGUUCUCUUCAUCCUGAUUGGCUGCCUGCUGUUUGUUGCCGUGCCGACCCUGGUGUUCCAGAAGGUGGAGAACUGGACCCUCCUGGAGGCGACGUACUUCGUGGUCAUCACCCUGACCACCGUGGGCUUCGGGGACUAUGUGGCAGGUGCUCCGCUUGGACAUGUGUCAGCGCGCUGUUUCACCAUGACAACCACUGCUCCU